GUUGCCAUAGAUUAUAUAUAUAUAUAUGUGUAUGGCUGCGUUGUGGGUAAAAACGCAGUUACAGAACGUUUCACAGCCAAAUCAUUUUCAGUAGGUGAACAAAGUGCUACUGAAAAUAAAGUAAACAAAAUUAUUAAAUAAAGAAAAAAUAAAAAAAAAUAUUUAAAAAUAAAAAGUGUGUUCUACCGUUCUACGUGUUGAUACGAGACUUCCAUUCGAUGAUUUCAUUAAAAAGAUAUGUGAAUAAAUAAGACAAUCAAGACGAAUAUACACCAGGGACAAUAUCAGUUGAGUUAAGACGGUUUUAGUUUUAUGUAAAAGUGCUUACCAAAAACACUUGAUUGUUUUGAUCAUGACAACUACAGAAAUGACAACUUCAGCAGAAAGGCGAGAGGCGUUUUCGAGACGAGCGGAAAGCUUAGUGGAGAGGAAAUAUGUUGUGAACACGGACCAAAGUGGCGAAAUUCAUGUCGUAGUACAGGGUGACCUGACCCAGCAAGAGAAAAGGGCUGUAUUCAUGACCGUUCACGAUUUGGGCUGCAAUCACAACUCAUUUCAAGAAUUCGUCAACAGUCCGUGCAUGACCGAAAUCAAGGAGCGUUCAUGUUUCAUUCACAUCGAUGUAACGGGCCAUGCGGACAAUGCUGAAAGUCUACCCGAUACCUUUCAAUUUCCGUCGCUGAAGACACUCGGUGAAGAUCUGGUAACUGUUCUCGAUUUUUUGCAUGUAAAAUAUGUCAUUGGAUUGGGAGAAGGAGCUGGAGCCAAUGUUUUGGCUCGUUUCGGUAUUGCCCAUCCUACGAGAUCUCUUGGACUAAUACUAAUUAAUUGCACCGGAAGUGCGGCUAGUGUGGUCGAGACAUUUAAAACAAAGUUCAUCAAUUGGAAAGGAGAUGAAGUUGCUUCGUCGGCGGAAAGUUUCUUGGUUUUCCAUAAAUUUGGACAUCAAAUAUCUAGCGAAAACAGUCCGGACAAGGAGAAGAUUAUGGCGGAGUAUCAGUCUCGUUUGCGCACAAAUCUGAACAGCAAAAAUGUCGGGCUCUAUUUUAAGUCAUUUAUGAGUCGCAAAGAUCUAUCACUGAAAGAGUGCAAAGUUGAUACGCUACUGAUCACGGGCAUGCUGAGCCCAUAUGCAUCGAUGGUUGAGAAACUGCACCGUGACGUGGAAAAGGAGAAAAUCACCAUGUUAAAAAUUGAACGCGCUGGUGACGUACUCACGGAUGCUCCAUCGAAGGUUGCCCAGUCAGUGUUACUAUUCUGCAAAGGACAAGGUCUUCUCACAUCCGUAGCUAUGCCCGGCGUAGAUCGUGGUCGUGCGUAUUCAACCAGUUCGGGAGGAUCAACGGAUGGACAGUUAGCGAAUCGAUUGUCGCGUGGAAUGUCGAUGGAAGAGUAUGAUAAGCCUAAUAUUCGACGGCUCAGUAUCAACGAUGUUAGCCGUAAAUGAGAUUUGUAUUUUUAAAUUCAUUUUUGAUUUGCGGAAAGUUAUCGCUUUUGUAGAUGAAGUAGUCAAUAAUAAGGACCGUGUAACCGUAUUGCAGUAGAAACUAUCCACAAAUCAACAUUAUUAUCCCAACGGCUCUGUAUGGAUGUUAGAACUGUGCACAGGGCCCUGUCAGUAUUUUUUGUUCAUCCGGAUUUUCAUUGGUCCGUAUUUUAUCAAACAUUCAAUUUUGUCUCUUUUCCUACAAUCGCCAUUGCUGCAUCUCAAACCACCGUCUUAGUUAACUCCCUUGUCUCCCUUCAUCUUCCUUCGUUUUUUUUAAAGAUCCCUGAUGCACAUACAUUUAUACAGAGCCUCAUAAUUUUAUUUAAAUAAACUCGAGUCUCUUUGAUUUAUUUGCAAUGACAUGCUACACUCAAAGAUUCGAAACCAAACAACAAAACAAAAAAAAAGCAAUUGGCAAUAGGCCAAAAACAAUGUUAUAAGACUUACUCUAUCGUAUAAUAUCUGUUGCUAAAUGACACCUUACAUAAUACAUGUUAUAAACACAUCGUCGAUAAAUCUCUGAACCAAAGCUCUAACGUUUUCAGAAUUACAUAGUUUCUGGGAAUUAGCUUUUGAGAUCAACCAAUUUUUAUAAUUAGAAAUUGAGCUCGGCAUGCAACAUAAAGUGGUAUGUAGUUUCAACAGAAAAUGUGUUGACCUUUUUUUUGUUUUAAUCAAACACUGUUUGAGUGAUUUUAAAGUCCAUCUAACUUCGGCUUUGUAUGCACAAGGUGUGUCCGCUCCGAUCGCCUCUGUUUAAAGUUCCGACAACCGGAAAAGAGUUGAGGUGUCCGUAAACCUUCUAUGUUUGUGUGUCCUGGUGAAGACAAUCUGUGAACGAUACGUUUCGUAAUGUAGACAUUCUUACCCGCGGAUGAUUGUGUAUGAUAUUGGCGACCGUAAAUUCUUUUUAAGAACAGUUAUGUAUGCGCUGCUGUUUUUCCACCAAUUUUCGCACAAUUUUUGUUGGGUAAGAUUUCUGGCUUCCAGGGCAGAAUGCGUCACAAAAAUUGAUAUCACAUCUUUUGGAAGUUGGACAGGAUCCAAUAUGCGUCCCCUUAUUCCUCUUUUUAGGUUUUUGUGUGAUAUCCGUCAUUUUGGAAGUUUCGAGGAUGGCUUAGUGUUCAACAAAUGUACGGUUUUUGAUUUAAGACAUGCGUUAGAUAAUGGACAAUUCAAUACAAAAUUCAUAAAAGGAACACAGGAAAUUCUCUAAAAUUCCUUAAAUUGUCACUCUGCGAAGAUGGUUUCAUACAACUUUUUCCGCAGCUCUGAUACCUUAAACAAUUCUUAGUACAGGGACUCUUCUAAGUCGGGCGGAGAUGGAGGAGAAUGGAGAAACUAGAAAAGUUUACUGAUACUACUUUCGCAACAAACAUAGGCAGUCUACCUCUAUGCACACACAUUAAGGUCAAACUAGAACUUCCAGUGUGAACAAACAGACCAAAGAUUUUUUUGUGUGAAAAAUUCAUUUCGCUUUAUGUUCUAUGCCGAGUUACUACUGAGGAAAAAAAGAGGAAAUGUUUUCGUUAUAUUUAUCCAUGUAACGAUGGAAUCAGAGACAUUUAACAUAAGUUUUUUAAGGAUUCUUUUAGAGAAAUAUUUUUACACUCAAAACUAACAUAUUUCUUGUCGCAUAUACACUACAAAUGGAACACACAACUUUUUCUACAACGUAUAUAUACAAAUUGAUUUCUAUCAAAUUUACAAAAGAAAAAAUUAAAUUAAAAAAAAUAGUAGAAAUUAGAAACAGUAGAAUAAUAAUCGAAAGCAAAAAAACAUUCACCUCAAUGUCGAUCUUUAUGUUUAUUAUAUCACACAUAAUCACGAACGUAAAUACUUCAUUCUAUUACCUGCAUUAAUGGCUCUACUCGAGAUGCUACAACAGUACUGGUCACCUCUGGAGCUCGAGUGAAACCCUAAGUAAAUAACAACAGUCCAGGCCAUAAUUUUAUGCAUAGUUUCACAGGCCGAAUACAUAACAAAGUGAUCUUCACAUGACCAUUACGUGAUAAUAUAACCUAAAAGUGAUAAUAAACCGAAAGACCACAUGCAUAUCUGACCCUCGUAAGGCCACUGUUUGAGACCUAUGUCAUAAUGUUACAUUACCCGAUACGAAAAACAUUUCUUUUUAUGACUUUGUUUUGAGUGCAAGGGGGACUCUAAUGAUGGUAGACCUAGUGAAAAAUUACACGGGCAAACAUGUUUGAAAAUGACAGUGGCACCAUGUUAUGCAGUGUAACUCUAUGACUGACACACUCGUUAAGACUCUUUCUUUCAGCGUUCAACACUGAGAUUCAAAAAUCAAAGAUUUUUUGUUGUAUCGGGUAAAGUAACAAUAUGCUUUCAAACCGCUGCCUUAGAAGAGAGUGAUAGUGAUAUGCAUGUGGACUAUCAGUAUCUAACGAUUAUCACAGAUUAAAAAAUGACCCCUUGACGGGGCACAGAUUACACUCAAGGAAAUAACGUCUAAAAAUCACCAAUUCACCAAUCAACGACAUUCAGUUAAAAAAACUCGAAAUUUAUUCAUCAGCUGAUUUGUCAAUUCAUGCGAAUAUUUCAAGAAAUACAAUUCCGCAUCAGUUUUAUUAACAGAGGCUCAGUAUUCAGUACAUAUUGGUUGUGUGUCAAUUAUACGUAGCUUAAUAUACGGAUAUUUCAUGAAGUAAAGGACUACACACACAACUAGCGCCAUCUUUAGCUAUGAGAAAAUUGCUGACAAUAAAAGAAGUGGUGAAAAGAAGCACACUUCCACAACCAAUAAUUAUUAUGCUGAAUAGAAAUGUGACAUUGGAUUGACUUUGUUGCUACACAUCAAAAACGUUUUAAGCUCACCUCGUAACGAUAGUUAACUCGCAAUUGUCGCGUGAUUAUGAAAACACAGUCUGAAAUUUUGGAAUGGUAUUCCUUUUUUGUGGAAAACUGAUGGAAAAACAUUGUCAAUUUUCGGAAAGGAAAAAUUGUGUUCAGUCGAAUGAACUUCGUUUUUCUUUUACUUUAAAUCUGGAUAAUCCCAACUAACUGUCAUAUCAUCUGUCUAUUGAAAGCGUUAAAGGUACGAAAAUCAGAAGUUUUGUGUUUGACCAAUAAAUUUACAAAUUUGGCUUCGAUUCUAAAAAAAUAUAUUUGUAGAAAGUCAUCGUUGAAAUUUCUAGUUAAAUAAUACAAUUUUAAAAAAUAAAUUUGAAAAAACAAAAUUAUAUAAAAAAUGAAACCUAAAAUUAAUAUUUUAUUUAAAAUAAAUAUUUGUAAUUGCAAAAUAUAUUCGCGUAGAGUUUAAACUUUUAACAGUUAUUUAUCUUACAAAAUAAAAAUAAUCAAUUGAA